CAGACAAGGUUAUAAGCCUACUUUCAUAUUAUUUCAACAGAAUUGAUUUGGUGCACACGUUUAAAUUUUUCCAAGUCAAGUAUGUUGCAACCAAUUUUAAAGAGCCUGAAUAGCAAGAGAAUCGUUCUGGCGAGUUCUUCCCCUCGGAGAAAAACGCUUUUGCAAAAUAUUGGACUUAAGUUUGAAGUAAUACCUUCAAACUUUGAGGAGAACCUGAAGAAGGACACUUUCAGCUCCCCACUUGCCUACGUCAAUGAGACCGCAAAGCAGAAAAUGCUUGAUGUUGUUCACAGGCUGUAUAAACAGGAUUCCCCCCCAGAUCUUAUCAUUGGUGCAGACACCAUUGUAACAAUGGAGAACGAAAUUUUUGAAAAGCCAGCCUCCAGGGAACAUGCAGUACAAAUUCUAUCAAGACUGAGUGGUAGAUCUCACAGGGUGUUUACAUCGGUUGUGCUUGCAACUCCAUCUGAAGCAGAUCCAGGCUAUGCAUUGGUACAGUUCCAUGCAGAAACAGAAGUGAACAUGGGGGAUCUUGCACCAGAAAUAAUCCAGGCCUAUGUUGACACAGGAGAACCCAUGGACAAAGCUGGUGGCUAUGGUAUACAGGCGCUUGGCUGUAAUUUAAUCAGUGGCAUUAAUGGGGACUAUUUUAAUGUGAUUGGCUUUCCCCUGCACCAGUUUUCAAAAGAAUUGCUCAAGUUGUUUCCUAUUUCAGGAUAAUUGAAAUGUAGUAUCUUAAUCUUUGUCAUUUUAUCUGUAUCUUACAUUUCACAUGUGCUUCCAUGUGCUUCUAGAAAAUGCAAUAACACCACUUCUGUUUUCAAUGUAACUGCUUUAUGUGCCUUUAUGACAGUAUGAAAUAAGUUAUACCUUACUGCCAACUAAUAAUCAUCUCAGUCUGUUUUACCCAUUCAUAAUACAGUUUCAGGCCACUUUGGACUCAAUAAAAUGAAAUCAGUGGGAAUGUAUUCUUGUCAUGAUUUAUGUGUCAGGGUAAAUACAAUAUGAAUUUAGGCUCAUUCAAAUGUAUCUUUAAGGCAAUAAAUGGCACACCUUGGUA